UGGGCAACAUCGAUUUCAUUACACAUCAUCUUCGAAAUUUUAGUCUAUGGUUUGUGUCCAUUGUUUUUCUACAAUGUUAUUUUUCUGACUGCUGCUGGUGGACGAAAAAUUGGUUUCGCUGCGUCUAGUGUGAGUUUGUUCUAGUGUUCGUGUUCGAUAUUGUGAUUUAUUAGUAAUAGAUCACGAAGAUGUCGUCACCGAGCGCUGGGAAACGACGCAUGGACACCGAUGUCAUCAAACUUAUCGAAAGUAAACAUGAGGUGACUAUAUUGGGAGGACUCAACGAGUUCUGCGUGAAAUUCUUCGGCCCACCAGGCACACCGUACGAGGGCGGCGUAUGGCGGGUGCGCGUGCACCUCCCCGAUCACUACCCUUUCAAGUCUCCGUCCAUUGGGUUCAUGAACAAGGUCUACCAUCCUAACAUCGACGAGGUCUCGGGAACCGUGUGUUUGGAUGUCAUCAAUCAGGCUUGGACUGCUCUUUAUGACCUGUCGAACAUCUUCGAGUCGUUCCUGCCGCAGCUGCUGACGUACCCGAACCCCAUCGACCCUCUCAACGGCGACGCGGCCGCCAUGUACCUGCACAAACCUGAGGAGUACAAGAAGAAAGUAUCAGACUACGUCCGAAGAUUCGCAACAGAAGAGGCUCUCCUCGAAAAAGACGCCAUCACGGGCAUGGGCGGCGCCACCCCCGCCGCCUCCGGCGCCGCGCGGGCCAACGGCGCCAACACCGACACCGAGAGCUCCAUGAGCGAGUUCAGCGACGACGAGGCCCACGACAUGGAGUUAUAACACACAACACCACAGAUAAAUAACACUUGCUCACUGCUCACUGCCUUGUGUGUCUAAACGGUUUGUUUGUGGUCUAAUGUCACACUGGUUUGACAGUUGUAUUCAGUGUUGCCAUUGGUUCUUUUUUUUUAUGUGGUAUUUUUGUGGCUGGUUGCACUGGUUGCUGAUUGGCUUUGGUAGCCUUUCAGGAAGUUAGCAAUAUCUGGCAGAAAUUAUAAGCAGUCUUUAUCUAUAAUAAUAUAUAACUAAAUGACACUGUCGGUAGCCAGUGAAACCGAGCCUUAAUCUGGUAAAUGUUCAAGUGAAUUUCAACUUCUUAUUGUGUCCAAUUUAUAUGACUCAUUUAUCAAUGUGUGGACGCAUACUUUAACUUUUUUCUUUUAUGGACUUCUAAGUAAAGGUUUUAAUAGUACUUCAAUGCAAAUCUAGUCUGCUAUAACAAUUACUUUACAUUUUAAACUACUCUAUAUUGUGUCCACUAUAAUUGAGAUUUUGUAAAUACAUAAUAAUCAAUGUUGUUAUCCAUAUUACUAGAAACCCAACUUGGAUGUCCAGACAAACAGACUAUAGUUAGCUUUUUCCCUCUCUUUCACUCUACUGUCAGACUAUAUAAUGCAAGAAAGAGAUGGAAAUUAAGCAAAUGCUAAUUAUGAUUGUCUGUUUUCUCUUAACUGUCUAUAAUGUCGUAUUGGAUAACUUAAAUCUUAUAAAUGUACUGAGCUGAUAUUUAAAGUAUAAUAUUUAAAAGGCACAGGUAAAAUAGGUUGCCACGAAUUUAUUUAAAUCAUCACAAGACGGUAAAGAUUUUAGGCAGAGUUUGAAAAUAUUUUGGACAGCCUAGCUAAACUUAGAUCAAUCUACAUAUAUGUAUAUGUCUGCAUUAGACCACAGACAACGAGAAAUACCAACCAAAGCCAGUCUGUAAUCAUACAGAAGUUCGCUGCCCGUUUUUAUUGAAAAAAAAAGUUAAAAAAUAUAUAUCACAAUGGACCACAGACUAUUGCCAAUUUAGAAAUUAAAAAAAAAUGAUGCUCAGAUUUCCCCGAGGCGGCGAACAGAAAACGCUUUAAAUAUAAUAUAUAUGUAUUUAAAAUUUAAAAAAUACUAUGCAUGUAAUUUUAAUGGUUAAAAAACUUUGUCGUUUCGGUGUGUUGGAAAAAUGUUAAGGUUAUAUAGGAAUGUGGCUUCUCUUAAAUGUCUAUGCUUAAGAUUAGCGGCGUUAGAUUGGAAGUGUUCAAGAAAUCGUUGUAAAAUGUAGGGUUUUAGGCUCGGAUGUUGGGGGGCGUAACUAGGGAUGAUAAUCGCACACUUAGACUUAAAAGGGGGUCAACUCAAAAAUCGAGUUUUUUAAGUUAUACAUACAAACAAUCUACCAUUUAAAAAUAUGUUCUGGAUGCGUACAAAAACCAUUUUACUAUAUAAAAUACACUUCUUCACAAGUAAGGAAAGAUCAGUUUUUCGUUUUUUCUGAGAAAAGUGAUUUUUUGAGUUACCCUCUUUAGAUUUAGGUGUGCGAUGUGGAAAUGAGGCGAAAGUUUUUCGAAAUAGUUGUUCAUGGCUUUAGAAGUUAGUUAGGGGAUGUUGGCCCUAGUUGCGUCUAGGCUGACUGCUCGAGAUCUAGACUGGAAGGCGAUUAUAGCUGGAAGCUAAGUAAUAACCUCUGUUUGAAAGGAGUCGGUAUAACAAUGUUUCUCGGGCAGUCGGCUCUUUGUGUAGGAAUGAUGCGAAUUUAUUCCAUGUCUAAUAUUACAAGUAAUUUUGGACAAAAAAUACUGAAAUUACAGUUCAAUAAUAUUGCAUGAUGGUGUUUAAAAUGUAUAAUGUACUUGUACUUUUAAGAAAUAUAAACAUCACCGUUUAAUACUCAAUAUAAAUUACUUGUAAAAUUACAAAUGUAAUAACUUGCAAUUUUAUGUAACGAACAUUUAAAUAUUAGAUGUUAACAUUAAAGACGUAUGCUACUCUUAAAAAAUAACUUUCGAAAAAUAAUACUUGUAUGUAUCAUAGACUAACAUGACCUCUUUAGUGGGGGUUUUUUGUGGACUGGCAACACACGCGGUGUGAGUGAGCGAGAUAGCAUUUUGUAAAUAUCCUAUCUGUCCCAUAGUUUAAAUCCAACUUAAUAUGAGCCCGACUCGUCGGACUGAAGUCAUCAUUAUAUCUCAUAGGUAUUUAAUUUUUUUUUAUUAAUAUGAUUUUAGUUGUACUCGAAACAAUGUGUCAUUGUGGAUUGUCGAUCUCCCUCUCGUGGCGACUGGGUUGGGCGGAAUAACGGCUAUUUUAUUUGCAUAUUUAAUAUAUUCCUUUUAUAUUCAAGAACUUACUGAGCAGCUGCUUUUAAAGACAGUAGUUCAAUUAGAUAUUUUUUAAAUACUUUUUCUUCGAAUAUGUUGCUCAUGGUUCUAGCAAUUAUACAGUUCCACUAUUCAAAAUUGAUAAUAUCUGUCUCUAAUAUCAAUUAUAUUCUUUCUACCUCAAAAGUUCGAAACUUUGCACGUUCUCUCACAGCCGGUUUAUUUCUGACCCAACCCAUAUUUUUCGUUGUUGGCAACACUAACAUAGAUUGUCUAUGCUCUCGCCAAUGUUACCUGUUGAAAGAAUUGGCGUGUUUUUAGUAACAAAACUGUGAUUUUCAUUUCUUCCCUUGUUUUGUGUGAAUGGAAAAAAAUAAGUCAAUUCGUCGAAAGAGGUUGAGAAAUAUAUAUUUAAAUAAAAUAAAAUCUGUACUUAGAAUAAUUGCUGUUUGACGAUUUUAGAUUUGUUUGUUGCUAUUAUUUUUCUUAGCACAAUCAUUAUUUUUUAUUGCUUUGAACACCGCCGGUUAGUUUAUAUUUUAUCGGAUUUUACUUAGCUGAUUUUGCCAACAUCUUCCCGAAAUUGUAUCGUUGUAAUAUUCUUUGUGGUAUUUCCCUAUUUGGGUUAUAUUUGACACUAUUGUUCUCAGUAUCGUAAAUACAUUGUGUAUUGUGUAAGAUAGAUAAUUUCGAGGAUUUUUAGAACAAAUUCUCUCUUUUUGGCUGAGUCAUUUUCAAACAUUAUUCGUAAAAAUGUCUGCUACAAUUGUAUCCCUUACAGUCUUAUAGCUUGUGUAGUUGUUCUAAAUUAAUUCUUUUUGUAUAAAAAAACAGCGACUUUACAAUAGUUUUAUGGCGGUGUUUCUGAGCAGAUUUCUAGAACGGCAGUCUACGCUUUCACCAAAUAAAAAUAGAUUUUUUUUUCACGUACAGUCGGCCCAAAUGCUGGAUUUAUUUGAAAAAUGACAAUUUCGGAAGGAAUUCGAGAAAUAUUUUUAUUAGUCUUGGUUGUGUAUUGUAUAUUUGUGGCGAUAUUUUUACCGCAAUUACCGAAAUUAGCACUAGAAUAAAAAUAACAUCAUGUUUAAAAAAAAAAAAACUUGAGGGAUAUCCAAACUCAUUUUUUGCUGUAUUUGAAGGUUUCUAAAGGUAUGUUAAUUUGUCCUUAUUCAAAUAAAUCCAGUGUAUCAUUUUAAAUCUAUGACAAGCUAUUCCUGCCACUGUUGGUGUUCUAGCUAAUUUUGUGAUGUUCUUUUUGUUUUUAUGUUACAAAAUAAUUAAUUACAAACAUUAUAUUGGUAAUAAUUAAUAUUCUUAAUCAUCUUAAUGUGCGCUUCCUUUAUUUAAAUAAUGGUAUACAGUGUCAGUCGUACGUAUGUUUUGAAUAUUAAGUAAAUAAGACAAAUGUAUGAAUGUCCUAGUAUCACGCGGCUGACUGUACCAAACAAAAAAGUUUUAACUACAUGACAUUAUUUUGCAGUAAUUUUAAUUGACUUUAGCAUACAUAUCAGUGAGUUUUGCGCACGAAUCAAAAAGAACAUUUCAAAAAAAUAAAAUCAAAAUACAGAUCUCUUGAAGGCUUUCGUACAUAAUGGCUUACAGGAGUGCUAUCAGAUCCAUUGCUUGUUCGGGACACAGCAGAAGUUCUACGUAGCUAGAUAAAUUGUCAAUGUACGUCGCAAUAAGCCCAGAAUUCGCCAUUAUGUACUCGGGCCGCGAUGUAUGACACAUUGCGAACUCUAAGUGUUGCAAUCGUCUUAAUAUAAGUCCUUAGGCUAUAAUAUAGAGUUUAAAACAACACGAAAUUUAUUAUUAAUGAUAGACAUUUAUCGUAUCUUUGAAAACUCAGCCAUAAUAAUAUAUUAUAUUUUUGGUAAUAAGGAAAUAACAAGUUAAAAAAUUUCUUAGUUGUACUUUCUCGAAAAAGUUGGGUUGACAGGAUUUUUCUGGAUUUUUUUGAUUUUCGUCCACCCAGCUUUUGUUGGUAUGAUUCAUACAGUUAGAUUAAAGUCGCUGUGGUGUCAAUGUGUAGCUUGUAAUACUUAUGAAGUGGUCGACGGAGGUUUUUGAAUGACCAAACAUUCAAAAUUUUAAUAGGCGUAAAAAAAUAAAAACAAAAAAAAAAUUGGCGCCAAAUUAUAAAAUGCAAGAUGGCGCAUUUAAAAACCUGCGUUUAAUUAACAAUGGUGACGUGAUUUCAAUUUAAAUAAAAAAUAAUGAUUAAUAGGUAUUUUAAUUCUUGACUGGCGAUCUUCACGUCACUAUUGUUCGGUUUAUGGAUAUAUAAUUAUAAUCGAGGUUGAAUAUAUUACCAAAAUAUGACGGGCAAUCCGCUCGGCAGCACGGAAUCAUUUAUACAUGUAACAGAAUAAAAGUUUAUAAUAUUAUAUUUUUAUUUCAUUACAUGUAAUAAACUUACGUUAUUUUUAAACUA